UCGCUUCCAAAAUUCCCGCCGCCGACCGCUGCUCGCUUUUCUUCGCACCAACAACGACAACCACCGCCUCCAGCCAGGAUCAUGUCGUCGUCGUCUGACUCCGGGUCCGACUUGGACGUUGCGGAUGCGGAGAUGAUGCUGAUGGGAACAUCGAGAACCAAGAAGAAGCAGCCAGCCUCGCAACGGCGCAAGGCACCUGCGAAACGCGCCAAAGUCAUCGUCGAAAGCGACGAGGAAGAUGAAGAUUCCGACGAUGAUGUGUUCACACACAAGUACAACGAAGACUUGUAUGUCGAUGAGGAGGACAGAAAGUACCUGGAAGGCCUGACCGAGCUCGAGCGCGAACUGGAACUCAACCGUCGUAAUGAAGAGCGCGAAAAGGCGAAGCAACGUUGGGAGAUGGAGCGGGAAAUCAAGCGCAAGGCGAAGCGACAGCAGGCGGCGGCUCGGCGCAAAUCGCCCCGGCGAACACGCGCCCAGCCCACAGUGGCCAGCGAGGACGAAGAGGAAGACCUGGACGAGACGCAGGGUGCAGGCUACGUCGACGAAGAGGAGGCUGAGUCUGACUACGAGGCUGAAAUUGGCGGGAACCAGAUGGUGACGGCGCUGGAGGAAGAGGAAGAGAUUGAACCGCAGAAAGACGAGACCCCGGCCACGCUGGAGCAGCUCGAGUCCAUCCGCGCAACCCGCACGAAGCUUCUUGAAUGGUGCCACGAAGCGCACUUUCCCGAGACGGCUGCGGGCAUGAUGGUUCGCAUCAACCUUGGGGAAUCACAGCCAGGCGUGUCCACGUAUCGUCUGGGGCAAAUUGUUCGCGUGGAAGAAAAGCGGCUGUAUGAGCUGCGUGACGGCCGCGAGCGCACCAAGACGCGUUUCUACGUGCUCGUGCAGCACGGCCGCUCCCGCCGCCCGUUUCGCAUGUCGUUUGUCUCAAACGGACCAAUCCUCCAGAAAGAGUUUAUGAAGUGGCAGGCGGCGAUUGAGAAGGACAACAUGGCGUUUCCGACUGCUGAUGACGUCUCCCGUAAACGUGCUGAGCUUGAGGCGUUGAAGACGCGCGUGCGCACUGGCGAAGACAUUCUGUACACCAUUGAGUCGAAGCGCAAGUGCGAGUGCGCCACCACCAACCUCGCGCGUGAGAUUGACGGGCUGAGGCUUGAGAUGCACCGGGUGCAGGCGUCCAAGGAGGAGAAGGAGCAGAAGUUGUCUGAGCGGCGGGCGGCGCUGCGGCAGGAGGAAAACUAUGACGACGAUGACGUGGCGGAGGACGAGGACGAGCAGGCAACGGCGCUCAGGGACGAGAUUCAGGCACUCACGCGCCGCGAGACAGACAUUGUCGACACCAUCGACCGUCUCGAGAGGAAGAAGCAGUCCGAGGCAGAGCGGCGCCGGGCCAACACGUUUGACACGAACAAGCUCAACGAACGCAACAUUCGGGCAGAGAAGCUGCAGCGCAAAUUGCUGAGCGAGCGCACCCGCACGCGCGAUGCCGAUGAUGUGUUUCAGCGUCGCCGCGCGUUCUCGAAGAAGGGCCGCAACCUCAAUGCCACCAGCAACGCCAAGGGCAAGGAUAGUCAGGACAAGGACAAGAUAGAGGGUGGUGCCGACAGCAGCAGCGCAGCGUCGCAAGCGGCCGCAGAGGGCAUGACGGGCACGGGAACCGAUAGCGACGCCAACGCGGGUGGUCAGGGUGCACAGGACGGGAAGCAAGAGGGUGCCUCUGCAACAACAGCGACAGCAACAGCGGCACCAGCCGUCGCGGACGAUGCGACCAAGAAGUCAGCCAACGUCACGGACUUGCACAACUUCCAGCUGGAAGGGGUUGAGCUGCCAGAUAUUGAUGUGAGUGCAGACCUCAUGGCUGUUCCGUCGCUGGUGACGCCGUCCAUGCCUGCGCCCGUGUCGGCGUCUUUGGCAUCAUCAUCAUCGUCGUCGUCGACAGCAGCGUCCAAGGGUAAGAAGUCCGGAAGGAGAGGCCUCAACCUCAAGGCAUACAAGAAGAAGCAUGGCCUUGUUUGAUUGUGUGCAUGUGUGUAUGCGCGCGGGUGUGUG